AUGGUUGUAAACAAACAUCCUGAAGCGCUGCUUUUGGCAGAAAACGGCAACUUGAAGAGUUUGGAGAGCCUUGAUCUGAGUCAAGCCAACGACAGCGUUGCCGAUGAACAUGGCUCCAACUGUCUGCACUACGCAGCAAGAACUGGAAAUAUCGACAUCCUCAAUUUUCUGAUCCACAAACGAAAAUUCCGUGGGAAUAAAAAGAAUCGGGUCGGGGCAACUCCGGCUCACGAUGCUGCUGCGACGGGCCAGCUUGAUGCGCUGAAGUGGUUGAUCACUCACACCGACUGCGACCCUGAUGACAGCGACGUCUCCGGGCAGACUUGCCUUCACCUCGCAGCAAGGUAUGACCACCCAGACAUCAUCAGCUGGCUCUUAGUGGAGGGACAUGCAUCUGUAUUGGAGAGGACAGAAACAGGUGCCCUACCUCUGCAUUAUGCUGCCUCAUCAGGUGCCCUGGAAUGUGUACAACUACUGGUGAAAGAAUCCCCAGGAACUGUCAACAUGCAGACCCAGAACGGCACCACGGCGGCCUAUCUGGCAGCUCAGGGCGGCCAUCUUGAAGUGCUUCGCUACCUUAUCCAUCACCGCGCAACCACCAAGAUCCGUGCAUAUGAUGGCAUGUCGUGUGUGCAUGCUGCCGCGCAAAUGGGGCAGUUAACAUGCCUGAUAUGGCUGAUUCUUGAUCACCAUGAGAGUGCAGAUGACCGCGACUUCAGCGGGUCAACUCCCCUCCACUUCGCGGUCAGUCAGGGGCAUGAGAGUACGGCAAGAUGGCUGCUGGACCAUGGUGCCCUGGUCACUCUUGACCAUCUGGGAGGAAGUCCACUACAUGAUGCUGCAUUGCAUGGUCAGCUAGAGUGUAUCCGCAUUCUUCUUGAACAUAAAGCCAAUACCACCAUCACUGACAAUGAGGGCCUCACAGCAGCCAUGUUGGCUGAGAAAUGUGGGUAUUUUCAGUGUGCUGACCUCCUGAAUGGUAGAACUGGAAAUCAGGUAACUUCAGUUUCUAGUUCCCACCAAAAAAUCACAGUAGAAGCAGUUGUCCACACACAGGACCCAAGAUCUAUAAACGGACAUGUGAAGACUUCAGUGACUAACAGCAUCCCACCACCACCAGACUCUCCGCCUCCGCGUUUCCCAAAUUUUGGCAUAAUGCCAAAAUCUCAAGGUCAAGGUCAGAGUCAAGGUCACAACAAGUUCAGUUCUGAAGUUUUGGGCAGUGACUUUUCCACCUCUAAUACAUCUAUCAGCACAUCAUCGCAAAUUCAAAAUGGUUAUAUCGCCAGCAGCUCAUCGAGUUCAGAAGCGGCCCCUGUUACUGAAAACAAUGGUUUAGGACUGACACGGAAAGUUUCCAUUUUGUCAUCAUCAGGGGAAGACUAUCCCCCGGGACUGGAUGACUAUGCCAAUGCCAUUGUGACUCUCGACAGAAAAACAAUGGAGAACAAUCAAGGUCGAGGUCACACUAAAGGUCAAGGUCAAGCUCAAUACCAAGGUCACACCACAAGGGAAACAGACAAGAAGAUAGAUCAAAUAAAAGAGAAGAAUGAAGUGAGCCAGGACAGAAAUAAUUUCCGAAAUGUAAGAGAGACCAGUUCUCCUCAGCGCAAGCUCCAGCAUGACAUCAAACCCCUCCAUAUUGCUUGGCCACCUCCUCCCUCCUCUCCUCCUCCUUCCUCCUCCACACAAUCCCCAACAUCACCACCACUGGGUUCUCCGCCCCCACCCCCUUACUCACCAGUGAAGACAACUGGUACUGCCCUAUCACCUACAGUCCAGGUACCACCACCACCACCUCCACCUCCUCCACCACCUCCACCCCCACCACCACCACCACCAGCACCAACCCCAAUUGAGAAGGAGGGAGGAACUAAAGCUGUAAGGCCUAACAGAUUUGAAGAGCCUUUUCAGUCAUCUGGCCACAGCAGAGGUAUGUCUACCAGCUCUAGCGCUGGCUCCUCGAGCGCUGAGAACCUUAUUGCAGAACUGAAAGCCUCCAGUGGCAUCAUGGGAUUGCGCAGGACGAGAAGACUGGCAGAGCUUGACGCACAGUUGGGAAUCGACAAGGCAUCCAGAGAAGAGACUGUAGGAGGCAGCACAGUACUGGGCAAGCCUGUAACCAAGACAGUCUUCAUCAGCCCCAGUGCGUCCACCUCCAGAUCCCAGUCUCCUGUGAACACCAAACCAAAGCCUAACAAAUUACAGCAUGGUGCAGUGGAGCAGUUUGAAAAGCCAGCUCCAGGAGAUGGCAGCACUGACUCCAAUACAAGACCAUCAGGAUCCUACAAGGCAGAAGACUUCCUGGGCGAGGUUCCCACCACUGACAAGGAGGGGAAAGACAUCCCACCUUGGAAGCGACAGGUCCUGGCCAAGCAAAUGGCAGACAAGGCAAAUUCUGGUCUGAUACAGAAAAAAGAUAGUGCCAAGUAUGAAAACAUGCCUCCUUGGAAGAGAGCUCUUGUGGAAAAGAAGGAAGCUUUGGCAGCCAAGGAGAGAGAGGAGAGGGAGCUCCAGAGAAAGAGACAGGCAGCAGAGGAGGCUGAGACUGCAGAAAAGCUGGCUCCAUGGCAACAGGAGCUAAGGAUGAAAAGAAAUUGAAAAUAUUGUAUUUAGUUAGGCAUUUAUUAAAGUAUCCAAGUUAAAUCCUUAGUUUUUCUUUCAUUUUAUUUUCACAGUGAAGAAUUUGUUGUUGUCGAAUUGAAGUUGAGGUGUUGAUUACACACAAUCAAAGAAUUCCAGCAAUUGUAAUCAAAACUAUAGCUGUAGAUCUUAAACAUUAUAACAGCAAAAUGUAGCUAGAAACUUGCUUCUAUUGUUUUUGUGUACAUUUGAUAUUUUUUGUGUAAACUCUAAAAUUACAGCAAAAUGGGACAAACCAGUGAAAAAAUAAGUAAUAGAGAAUUAAUAAAAAUAAGUGUUGAUAGUAUUUACAUAUUAAUUAUGGAGUCAAAUGCUUUAUUUGACGGAUUUGUGUGCCAUUUGACAUUUUGCAGAUAUUUAGUGCAUUUGAUUUGUAUUUUUAUGUUCAAUAUUACAGUGCUAUAGGUGUGCCCUCAUGUAUCGUGACGUUUGCUGGCAUUGCAGUGUGUUAGGUGUGACAGCAUUGCUACUGGUUGUGCUUGAGCACUGUGCUCAAUUUUCAACAUGCGCCAUGUACAGUAGCUACUGUUAAUCUUAAUAUUUUCAUUAAAAACCCAAUCGAUUGAUAAAUGGAGAACAUAAUCUAGUUUUUUUUUUUAAUGUAAGUAGGAAUCAACAAAUUGGAAACAUAAAAAAAAGUAUAUGGUAGAGAAUAAAGCAGUUAUUGGGGAUGAUAAUUCUUAGGACCAGUUACACCACUACUUGUAGGCUAUUCAUGUAUGCUCCCCAGGGAGGCGAGAUUGUCUCAAUGUUGCCAUGACCGCUAGGCAUACAUUGUAGCACUGGCUGAUCUCCUUAAUCUAAGGUAUUGAUUAUAAACAUUUCUCUUUUAAUUUUUCACUAGUUUUUUCACGUAUUCAGGCUUACAAACAGCAUGCUUUGUACUUGUAUAUCCACAGUUAUUAUAUUCUACAUGAGUUUCCCAGAAUAGGGUGUGUGAAAUUUGGAUGUAUCAAUUGAAGGUCAUCGUGAAAUGUGAUUUUUGUGUCCCAUUUACAUUUUAACUGGCAUGCGUACACACACAAACACACACACACACACACAAAUACACGCACACACAUGCACCAGUUAGAAAGCAAUAUUCAGGAUCAGUCAUCAGGUUCUGGUGUUUGAGAUGCAUAUCUAGUCAUUAUAAUGUAGCAGGUAAUCAAUUACUGUUAUCCAUUUGGUGCUUGGUUCUUCAUAAUAUGUACAAUGAAGGUUUUUUCAACUUGUUAUAAGGUCAGCUGUUCAUGCUUUAUUUAUUUAUUUAAUUUUAUUUAUUUAUUUAUUUAUUUAUUUAUUUAUUUAUUUAUUUAUUUAUUUAUUUAUUCCUGUCUGUAUGCAUUUUGCUUCUUUUAUUUAUUUAUUUCUUUUUCAUUAAACAACUUAACAGGAGGUUUUGUCCACUGAUUAUAUAAGCUUCAAAUUGUUCUGCAGCUACACUGUGCUUUUGUCAAGAGACUGAGCACCUGACUACUGGCCCUCACAGGGCAGUGGCUGACUUCUGUCUGACCACACUGGUCCACUAAUUAAGUGUCUGUUACAAAAUUACUUUCAUUUUGUAUACUACUUUAGUGGGCAGUGCGGUCAGUGCUUCCUUGACUGGUUGCAAGGCCCCAGUGGGCCUGAAUCAUCAGAGCAAUUGUGUUUGCCAGGACAGAGUGUGUAUCCCCCUGGCAGAUCAGUGUUUCCAACCUGUCAAGAAUUAUAUGUGCAUUGUGUAAGAUUUAAUGAGUGUUAAUCUAAUAUGGGCGGCUUUAAUCGGCCAGGGAGAAUCCAGUUUCGCAUGAACUGAAUUAAUAUGUGCGCUUGUGCAUAUUGCCUUCAAUGAGUGGCGGUGUCGGAAAAUAGGCGUUAAUUCAAUUAAAUUGUACUGUCUGUAUGUAGAUGGUUUUUAGGCCAGCGCUGUGCUACCGUGUCUGUAUGUGUGAAGAAGAAAAAAACAAGGUGCUUGUCUAGUUCCAACCGCAGGCCCAUAGCUGGGAGGGGGUGGGGUGUUCAAAAGAAACACCCUUUUUAUCAGGGAAAGGUCCAUUCUGGGUAAAGUUUGAUCUAGGUCCGCAAAAGUUUCAUUGUAAUAGGUUCACUUUUUUCUGCAAAAAGAACCCCCCUUUUGAAAAUAAUAAUAAAGUUUUUUCUCGCUCGUCAACCAACUUUUCUUGGUCCUGUUAUAUAUUUUCUACGUACUAUAGCUAAUUAAUGAAUUAUGUUUACUUGAUUGCUUUACUUUAGUGUUUUUACACAUAAAAAUGUUCAUUACCUUCGGCUUACAUUUGCUCUCAUUAGUAUUGGUUACAGCUUCAAGGUUUUCUGCUAUAUUGUCGACUCAGUGGUAACCAUUAAUUGUUACAGUGUAUGAGUUUAUUAGUGAUUUGAAUUUAGCACUUUUAUUUACUUUAAAUUUUUUGCUUUAAUUGAAACUACACAUUUAUGUGUUUUGUUCGCUUUAUCAUAAUUAAUACGUACAGUUAUAAAAUUUUAGUACUACUACUUUGUUUCGAUAUUAAAACUAAAAUUGUCUUGUUCAUCAAAAUUAUAGAAAUAAAAAUAAGAAGUACAUUCUAA